AUGACUGGCCGAUCCAGGGGCUAUUCGCUUCGAACCCAGUUGUUCAACAAGAAGCUCAGUGAUAAGUUGAGGUCGGAAUCUGAAGAAAUUGAAAUGGAAAUAGCGAACGAUGGUGACAGCUUGCCGGCCUCUUCGUACAGUACAGAGAAUCUUCCAAGUAAUCAGACAAAGAAACGGAAAAAGCUUAGUCUGAGAACAAAGAUAAUGGAUCUGAUUUUAAAUCGGACAACACAUCUAAGCUCGGAGAGCGGUAGAGUUAUACCGAUAUGUUUGGAUAAGAACUCGGUGUUAUAUCAACAGUAUGCCCGCUCGAAUCUUCUUAUCGAUGAGAGGACUGAUAGACCAUACCGCGAUAAUGUCAUAACGUCGUCCCGAUAUACCGUAUAUUCGUUCUUGCCAAGGCAAUUAUACGCGCAAUUUUCGAAAUUGGCAAAUGCGUACUUUUUGUUAGUUGCUAUUUUGCAGAUGAUCCCAUCGUGGUCUACAACUGGUACGUACACUACCAUUGUACCGUUGUCGAUUUUUCUAAGCAUAUCGAUGGCAAGAGAAGCCUGGGAUGAUUUUAAGAGACACAGAUUGGACAAGGAAGAAAAUAAUAAAUCUACCAAAGUACUUACUAUGGGUAAGGACCACGAUGAACUUGAGUCGGAUUCCAUAUAUUCAUUAUCAAACGUAUCUGCAAGAUCCACGGACGCAAUUUUAAGUGAUUUUAAUUCUAUGCAUAACUUAAAUGACGUGACAGAACCAUCUUAUACAGACCAUUUUACCAAUCUCAACCUCCUUCGCUCACAGUUCGAUAUUCACAUAAAAAAGAAAGAAUGGAAAGAUUUGAAAGUUGGAGAGUUUGUACUCUUGAAUUCAGAUGACUGGGUUCCAGCAGAUAUUCUUUUGUUGAGUACUGACGGUGAAAAUAAUGAGGCUUUUGUCGAGACAAUGGCAUUAGAUGGUGAAACAAACCUAAAAAGUAAAAACCCUUUACCAGAAUUAGCCAAGCGUAUGACUUCAGCAACUGGCUUGAGCAUGCAUAGUGCCACAACUACAUUGGAAGACCCUAACAAUGAUUUGUACAAUUUUGAAGGGACUGUGGAAAUUGAUGGCGAACUCUAUCCUCUAGGGUCUGAUAACGUUGUUUAUCGUGGAAGUAUCUUAAGGAAUACCCAAAGUAUUGUUGGGAUAGUCAUUUUCACCGGUGAAGAAACUAAAAUUAGGAUGAACGCUAUUAAAAACCCAAGAACAAAAGCUCCGAAGUUACAGGGCAAGAUCAAUCUAAUCGUUUUAUUUAUGGUGUUUGUUGUGGCAGCAAUGGCUAUGUUUUCUUAUUUGGGUCAACAUAUCCUUAAGAAGAAUUACGUUGACAAUAAUAGAGCAUGGUAUUUAUUUCAAGAGGACGCAGGAACGGCCCCUACUAUAAUGUCUUUCAUCAUUAUGUAUAAUACAUUGAUUCCACUCUCCCUAUAUGUCACGACGGAAAUUAUCAAAGCCAUGCAAAGUAAAUUGAUGGAAUGGGACAUUGACAUGUAUCAUAUUGAAUCUGAUACACCAUGUGAAUCAAGAACAGCUACAAUCCUCGAAGAAUUGGGGCAGGUUUCCUACAUUUUUAGUGAUAAGACUGGUACCUUAACUGAUAACAAAAUGAUUUUCAGAAAAUUUUCAAUAUGCGGAUCAUCAUGGUUACAUGAGAUAGAUGAAGACCUUAUCGAUCCCAUUGAUGAUGAUAUUGAUGUGAUUUCUAUUGAAGAUAGAAGCUUUUUGAAUGAGUUUGAUCUGCGUUCAACUCAUUCAAAGAAUCCAAGAACAUCAAUAGAGUAUAAGGGAAAUUCUGGAGCCGUAUAUUCAGGAAGGCCCUCUAUGGCAUUACAAAUCCAAAGGCAAGAAUUGGCAGAAGACCUCAACACCACAAGAACGAACUCUAGUAGAAGUAGUGAAGAAAAAAACGGAUUAAAGACCACAGUGGACUUACUUCUAUACAUCCAAAAACAUCCAAAUACCGAAUUCUCAAUCAGGGCAAAAUUCUUCAUUCUUUCAUUGGCGUUAUGCCACACAUGUCUACCAAAGAAAACGCAUGAUGGGACAGAUUCUAUUUUAUACCAAUCUUCUUCACCUGAUGAACUAGCUCUUGUGACUGCAGCAAGAGACAUGGGUUUUGUUGUGACGAAUAGAAAUUCAAGCACGCUUUCAAUUGCCACCUACCCUAAUGGAUUUGAUGAUCAGCCUAUUGUUGAAGACUAUGAAGUUUUGGAGUACAUUAAUUUUGAUUCACAAAGAAAAAGAAUGUCAGUUGCUGUAAAGAUGCCUAAUGAUGACGACAGGGUCCUGCUUAUUUGUAAAGGGGCUGACAAUGUUAUUUUGGAACGUUUAAGAAACUCGGAAUUAGCUCAAAAUAAAGUUCUAGAACAACAAAAUCUUAUCGAACAAAGAAAAUUAGAAGAAGCUGAAAUGAUUUUGCACCAACGUAAAUCUCUAGAACUGACUAACAUGAGAGACGGUAUUACAGGAUUAGCGAGAAAUUCACAAUUACAAAACAGAAGCAGUAUCUCUACUCUGAAACUUGACGCUGCUAGGAAGAGCAUAUCACGAAAAGCCUCCAUUCGUAGUGAACAAGAACUGCAAAUUAACUCAAUUGACGAUUUUUUGUCAAAUAUCCAACAUGAUGAAUCACAGAUUGAAAAUAUCAUGCUUAAUGCGCGAAAAUCAGUUCAAUUUCAGCAAAGAGAGAAAUAUGGUGAAGCCGAAGAUAAUUCUGAAUCAAUGGACUCUAUAGAAAAGUACAUUGGAGAUGAGAAGCUUAUUAAAAAUGAAGAGUUUAUCUUAGAAAAAACUUUGAAUGCAAUAGAUGAAUUCUCAACGGAGGGCUUAAGAACGUUGUUGUACAGCUAUAAGUGGAUACCUGCUGAGGAAUAUAAAGCUUGGGAGGCAAAAUAUCAUGAGGCGAAAACUUCUUUGACAAAUCGUUCUACACAGAUUGCUGAAGUCGGAGGACACAUAGAAACCGACUUAGAAUUACUAGGAGCUACUGCCAUAGAAGACAAGCUACAGGAAGGCGUUCCAGAAGCAAUUCAAAAAAUAAGAAGGGCUGGAAUUAAGAUGUGGAUGCUAACUGGUGACAAGCGUGAAACAGCAAUCAAUAUUGGAUAUGCUUGUAAGCUCAUUUACGAUUAUUCAACUGUUGUUAUCUUGAAAAAAAAUGACGACAACUUAAUCUCAAAAAUGACAGCUUUAGGAGAAGAACUUGACACAGGAAAAAUAGCACACUGUGUGUUAGUGAUUGACGGUGCAUCAUUGGCUGUGUUUGAAAACAACCCGACUAUGAUGAGUGUCUUCAUUGAACUAUGUACUAAGACAGAUUCUGUCAUUUGUUGUCGUGCAUCUCCUUCCCAAAAGGCGUUAAUAGUUACUAACAUUAGGCUAAAAAAUAAGGAUUUAGUAACGUUAGCCAUAGGUGACGGAGCUAAUGAUAUUGCUAUGAUUCAAUCUGCCGAUAUUGGUGUUGGUAUAACUGGUAAAGAAGGGUUACAAGCAUCACGUUCUUCUGACUACUCCAUUGCACAGUUCAGAUAUCUACUCAAGUUAUUGUUUGUUCAUGGACGGUACAAUUAUGUGAGAACUUCAAAGUUCGUUUUAUGCACGUUCUACAAAGAAGUUUUGUUCUAUUUGACUCAAAUGAUAUAUCAAAGGCAGACUAUGUUCUCUGGUACUUCUUUGUACGAACCAUGGUCUUUGUCCAUGUUUAAUACCCUUUUCACUUCGUUGCCAGUCAUCUGUAUUGGUAUGUUUGAGAAAGACUUAAAACCAAUGACAUUGUUAGCUGUUCCUGAAUUAUAUACUAUGGGUCAGAAAUGUCAAGCAUUCAACUUAAAAAUUUUCCUUGUGUGGAUGCUUACCGCUGCAGGGAUAUCAGUGCUUAUUACAUUUUUGAAUUUUGAAAUUUGGGGUUUCACAGCACAAUCAGAUAAUUCCAUAUAUCCAAUUGGGGUUAUAAACUUCACGUCAAUAUGUUUCUUGAUAAAUGUGAAAUGUCAGUUUAUCGAAACAAGAAACAGAAAUUGGCUAGCAUUUGCCUCUUUACUAAUAUCUUGUAUCGGUUGGAUAUUGUGGUGUUGCCUAUUACCUGGAAUUUAUGGCGAAAAUGCGAUAUAUGAUGUUCUAAUUGGUCUUUAUCACCAGUUCGGAAGAGAUAUUACUUGGUGGGCCAGCUGUUUGAUUUUGAUUAUGUUCCCUAUGAUGAUAGAUAUCGUAUGUCAAACAUUCCGUGCGAUGAUAUGGCCAACUGAUGGUGAUAUUUUUGCAGAAUUGGAGCAGAAAGAUGACAUCCGGAAAAAAUUGGAAUUUGCUGCACACAGGGAGUUGCAUCAGAGCUGGUCUUUCCAAAAGGAUCCAAGUAGUGUCAAGAAAUAUGCUAUGAAAGCAGUAAAUUUCAAAAAGAAUGGUGCUGAAGAUUCAAAUUAUAAUACAAAUGAUAGAUACGAUAUAAAAGACUUUGAUACGGAAGAAUACGAAAUGCUACCCAGUGGUAAACUCAUCCAUAAGAAGCAGGUGACCAAAAAGAGUGUCAAAUCGAAGUUAGGCAAAAAACUAAGAUUUAAACUCAAUUCUAAACCAGAUGAUUUUGAAAUAAAACAAAUAAUUGAAAACAGAAUGAGGGAUCUCGAAUGA